UGGGAAAAAAAGGAAUUUUGUGAAAGAGAAGACCAAAAUAAGAUUGGAGAUAAGAACCAAAAUAAGUGUAUAUCAUGGAAGUUUGUAAAAUAUUAAUAUAUUAUAAUAAAUGAAAAUCAAACUGGAAACAAAAUGAUUGGAUUAGGUUUAGACCACAACAAGGCUCUUGAUCAUAUUUUGCAAGCAGCUAACAAACAUCCUAACUCACGUGUUUCGAAACUUAUACAUAGUGUGGAGGAGGAACGUUCUCAAAAAAAUAUUGUUCUUCUGCUAAUUGAGUUAGCUGAACACGCAGAGUAUGCCACUGAUUUCAGCAUAUCUCUCAAAUAUUAUCUAGAUUUAUUUGAGAAGUUGGGUAUAGAACGUGAAAUUGUUUUGAACGAAGCAGGCUUAUUGCUUUUGAAUUCUUCAAAAGUUUAUGCGCGGCGAGUGGAUUUUGUACAAGAGUUGGUGGAGCGACAAAUACUGACCUUAUCCAAUGCUGAUAAGCAAAUUGUUGAAAACGGUGGUGGAGAACAACCCAAGAUCUCGGAGGAAAAGCCUAAACGUACUCGCAAACGACUGGUCGCAACUGUUGAAGACCCCUUUGAAGUGGAAUUAGUUCCGAGAAAAUUUCGAAAACUAACGGAAGAAAAGCGGUUUGUUAGUGGCCGGAGCGAGGAAAAACAGAAGAUGGUUGCAUCAAGAUUCUAUAAAAUAGAUUCCGAACAAUAUAUACAUCCAGCUGCAUGGAUGCAUACUUGUAUUGUAGAUCUGGAAAAUGAAGAAGAUAUUGAUUCGAAACGAAAUUACAAGCUCUUUACAUAUCACGUGGAGCACCGUUAUAAUACAUUGGUCACAGACAUUAAUUUUAGAAUGCACUUCAAAGUAAAAGAUUAUAUAGAUGAGGAGGAAGAACGGCUGGAAAGAAAUGAUGAUUCUUGCAAUAGUUCUGCAAACAUUCUUAAAGAUUGGCCCCCUCUUUCUGAAGAAUAUGUUAAAAAAUAUUUAGAUUUAGAGAAUAAAGCCUUAGCGGUCGGAGAAGUUAAAGAUACAUGUAAAAAGCUAAGAAUAGAUCGAGAGGACGAUAAUAUAGUGAUUAUUCCUGAAUCAGUACAAAAUCACAAAGUAUGUAAUGAAUCUAACAUAGAAUGCAAUCAAUCAGCACAAAACACAGCAGAGUAUAACUCUAGUUCCAUUCAGUGUGAAUCAGGUGUUGGUAAUAGGAUUAACGAGUCAAACGUUGAUCUCAGUACAAAAUCGAAUGAAACUACUGUUAAUGAACAAAGUGAAGUUACCAUAAACAGUGAUAUUGAUUUAAGUGUUCAAAACAUAAUAGACGAAAACUCAUGUUUAAAUCAAGCCCACAAUUUGAAUUCGACCGAAAAAUCAAUUUUAGAAUUAAGUGUCGAAUGUGAAAAUACAUUUGAAGCUUCAGGAAUUAGUCCACAAAAUCAACUGGACUAUUUUAAUUCAGAAAAAAAUACCUUAGCAGAGAGAACCGAAAAUGACACUGGUUUAGGUGAAAGUCGGAUUGGGAAUGAUUUUAAAAUUCUAAAUAAGAACACCAACAUCUUAUCUUCAGAAAAUGCUGAAUCUAAUUCAAACAAUGUUGAGUACAUGACUGAAAAUAAAGUUGGCAACAACGAAAACGAAAUCAACUUGAAUAAAAUACGUGUUUACCUUCCACACCUAGACGAUGAGGGCGUUUACUUUUCGGAUUUGGAUGACCAGGAGCAUCGCAUGUUAUCGCCCAGAGUAGUUACUACUGAUGUAUUCCCCUGUAUACCAAAUAAAAAAAGUAUAACUAUUAUAAUUGAUGAUGAAAUAAGGAGCAUUUUAAAUGUAGCAGACGAAGAACCACCUCCUACUUACACAAUGCCUAUUCAAGUACGACCUUCCACACCUCCUAUAAAUCUAAAUAUAUUUAAAUUUCAUGAAAAACUACUUAGACGCCGAAUAUUAUUUAAGCUUGGUCCCGAAAUGGAACUUUUUCUACAAUCGAAUUCCAUGAAAAAAUCGACUUGCAUGGAUGUAAAUGAACAAAGACAAUACCGACCAAUGAAACUGUUCAAUGAAUCUCAAGAAGUCAAUGUUGAUAAACCGACUAUCGAAACUGAUAAUGACAUACUUAGUGAUGGUGAAGAUGUGGAGGAUUUCCUGGGAUUUACUGAGGAGGAACAGCUAAAUAAAAAUUUUCAUAGAUUGAGCAGAGAUUCAGGUGUUGACGCAGACGUGUCAUUAACAACAAACGCGUGUGAAGUAGACAACCUAAAUAAUAUAUCACAAGAUGCGAAAGAGAUACCUUAUAGUCAGAAUGGUUUAAUCAAAGAUAUUACAUGUCAAGCUGAAAUAUCAACUUCAGAAAGUCAAAAUUCGACCAAUGAAUUAACUUCCGAUAUUCAUAUUUCCGCGAACAAUCCUAUCCAAUAUGAGAAUGAAGCCUCCUCGCCUUUGUUGUUUGAGGACGUUAUUUUAUGCACAGACAACGUUCAAGAACUUGAAAAUAGCAAGACAAAGAUACAAAAAUGGCAUGAGUAUUUGCAACCUAUUUUAUCAAAAGCACGAGAUCGUCAUCAUUUCGAUAUUUUUCAAUUAGGGACGGAAAUUAUGAACGAAUUGCAGAAGCCUGAAUUUUCCAAAGACCAUAUAAAGGCCUCGUCUAUAACAUUCCAAGAUAUGAUGGCCAAUAAGGCUGAAAGUUAUGUAUCGCGUUACUUUCUAUCGACUUUGUUACUGGCAAAUCAAAAUAACAUAAAAAUCGAUGUGUUCGAAAAAUGUUCUGAAAAGCCUUCAGCAUGGAGCGAUAUAAAUUUGAAUUUGUUAAACACAAAGCGUCAUACUGUAGCCAUUGAAGAUAAUAUUGGAAUAAUUUACUCAAAAAAAUCGAGUAAGAGUAACAUAUCGAGCCAUAAUUUAAAACAACCAUUUGUUGUUAUAUCUGGAGGCCAAUGUAAUGCAAGGAUGAAUGAAAAUGGCACAGUUAGCAAUGAUAUGGUGGAAGUUGACUUAAAUGUUGUCCGACCCUUGAAACAAAUUGAGAAACAGCCAAAUAUUAAUGAUGAUUAUGAUUCCGGUAUCUUCUCAGCAGAAGAGUGUUCUUCAUGACACCUGAAUAAGUCUGAUUCACCUUUACUGGCUACUGUGUAGCGCUAGUGUUACUGUUCCAUUGAUUAAUUCGAAUAUCCUAAAGUAUUUGGUUCUUAAAAACGCAAUAACAAAAUAUUUUCUUUUCAACAAAAAUAGUUCUUACUUUAGUUAUAAACAAUUGUACUCUACAUUCUGUAGUACAAAUGUGCAAUAAAUUUGAGUUUAACAUAUAGUAUAUUGUAUAUAAGUGUAACAAAUAAGUAUGACAUUUAAAAUGUUAAAAACAUAUUUUUCUGUAUGAAAGGUAUAUUUUUACUAAUGCAAAAUAUCUGAACUUGCAGCAACCUUACUUUUUUUAUAUAAUUUGUUUCAAAAAAUAAUCUUCAAACCCUUUUUUUGUUUUCAUAUUUCACUCAAUUAUUUUGUAUUAUAUAUUUUUGGCAAUAUAUUAAAUUCGAUAAAUGCAAUUAAAAACAUUGUACCUGAAUCCUCAAAUAAAAUUGAGGGAGGUAGGGUUAGUAAUAAGGCAGGAUAUUUUUAUAAAAGCUGACCAACUAAAUAUUGAUUAUAUUAUAUGUAUUAAAAAAAAUUGCACUUCAAUCUAAUAA